UCGGCCGGCCGCCAUGGAGGGGCAGAGCCGCUCUGAACCGGAGAGCACUACUGAACCAGCAGAAGAGUCAAUUAAUUUUAAUGUUGGUGGAUGGUAUUUCUCACUUCCCAGAAGCAAAGUCGCUCAGUUUCCUGACUCUGUGUUGUGGAAGGAGGCUUCUGUACAAGACUGGUCUGAAAAUCUGAGGUUAUUUAUUGACCAAGAUGGUUUUGUAUUCAGGCACCUUCAUUAUUACAUGCAGACUUCAAAAUUGUCUUCUCUCAGCUACACUGAAUUGAAUUUAUUGUACGAGCAAGCAUUAGCUUUGCAGCUGACACCUUUAGUACAGCUUUUAGGCAAUUUGAAGGAGGACAGUUCACGUGUCCAACCUGCAGAUACACCAGUAGCUGAAAGAGUGCCUCUGAAUAACUGGAAAACACAAAAACGUGCCAACAAACCAUCAGAGAUCCCUCCUAAAAGCCCAGUGUUUGCAGGGUUACACGAAAGGACUCCCCUAGGACUGGUGGAUACACCUCUACUCGAUACAGAAGAGGAAGUGAAUUACUGCUUUUUGCCAUUAGAUUUAGUGAGAAAAUAUCCAAUGCUGGUCAAUGACGACAACCUGCUGUGGCUGCUUGAGAACGCGGCCCUGAUCGAAUGUGAUUACAGUGAAUUCCGCUUCAUAGUUAACUUUCUCCGUUCCAAGAAGAUGUUGCUGCCUGAUGAUUUCUCCAACAUUGAUGCCUUGGAGGAGGAAGCUUUAACUUUGGGAAUCCCUGAACUUACAGAGGCUGUGAGGAUCUAUAGAGGCGGCGUUGCGGCGCGGCGCGGUGGCCGCGGGCGGCGGAGCGGAGCGGGGCGGCGGGCGGCGCGGUACGCGAUGGCGCUGGGGCUGCUGCAGCACUACCCCGAUUCAGCACUCGGACAGCUCCUGGUGGGCAGCGAUCCGGCCCGGCGCCGCCUCCACGUGUGCGGCAGCGGGGUUCUGUUCCAGCACGCCAGGAAUUGGCUGGGAACUUGCCGACUUCCCCUCACUGAGAAUAUUUCUGAAAUCCAAGAGCUCUGCGCUUACUUGGACAAAGGGGACAUCAGCUAUGAGCCAAUGAAAGAAGCUCUAAAAUGCUAUUUGAAGCAACAGAUGCCAUCAGAGAGCGGAGAUUACAAUGCAGACUGGUCAGCAGAAGUGUCAGUAUGUACACUGCAUCAGAUUGUGAAGGUUUAUGUAGGAAGUAACUGGUAUGAAACUUACUUGCAGACUUUACUGAAGUACCCAGAGCUGCUCUCGAAUGACAAGAAAGUCUGUUGGAUCAUGUAUGGUCAAAGUCUUCUAAUCCAUGGAGACGGGCAGAUGUUUCGACAUGUUCUCAACUUUCUAAGACUUGGGAAAUUGUUUUUGCCUGCGGAAUUUAAAGAAUGGCCUCUAUUCUGUCAAGAAGCAGAGGAGUACCGGAUCCCUUCCCUUUUGGAGGCACUUCAUCACUGCGAUGAGUACAGGUUAUGGAUCCAAAACAAGGAACUGAGGAAUGAGGAUUCUUUUCCAUGUAGAGUGCCUUGGAACAAGGAGCCUGAGUUCAGCAAAGACCCCAAAGAGGUGUAUUCAUGUGCAGCUGUGGAUUCCAGUAAACAUAUCAAUACACGGAGCAACAUAAAAGAUCUGAAGGGGAAGCGAGACAGCAACGGGGGGAAGGCAAAGCCUCCCAAAAUGGUGCCACAAACUGGGGGCACAAAGCGAAAGAACGCUGCUGGAGGAUAUGAUGAAUCCUCACCCAGCACAGUGAAAUCCAGCCUACGGCUGGAAAGCCCUACAAGAAAGAGAGGAAUGAGAAGCAGUUUAAGGAAACAAGCAGAAAAUAAAGACUUGGCCACUGACAUCCUGAAAUUACUUUCCCUGGUAAAGGAAUGGGGCACAAUGAACUCCAAGAGAUGGGAUUCGCAGCACGUGAAAGUAUCUGAUGGUUGUGUCACAGGCACCAUGCCUCCACAUGGCACUCCUGAGCAGGACAGAGGUGUCAAAGCUUCUAUUGCUUGUUCUGCUGGGAAAAUGAGCUCUGCAAUUCAAGAAAAUGAGCUCAAAUGUGGGACUGAAGAAAAGCAGCUAGAGCAAGACGUGUCCAAAGAGAGUUUGCCAGUUACUCCAAGCACUGGAACGCAUCAGUUCAACACCAUCAAAACUCUCCCAGGAGGAAAAAGUAUCAGGAAUGUAAACAGGGAACCAGCAGGAGGAAGUUUUCCUGGUGAAGGAAAAGACAGGAGCUGGCAGAUGGAGCCCAUCCCCAGAACAGGCGAACCGAGGGACAGCCAAUGUACCAAAGCUCUCCAGGAAGCUCACAGAAACGUGGGAGUGAUUCUGAAAGUUGAACAUCCUCCAGUUAUAGGCAGUGAUGGCUGUCACACGUGGCACGAAGAGAGCAUCGUUUAUAGCACUCCGCUGGGUGGCAUCCAGCUGGAGAAGUCAAACCCUCAGGGGCUACCCGAAGAUACCAUUUUCCUUCGCUUUGCUCUCUCCCACGAGGAGAUGUUCUAUGCCAGGAAGUGCCACUUCUUCCUGACCGAUGUCAUCCUGGACUCCAUCAAGCAGAAGGAUCCCAAGGAAAUCACGGCCAAAGUCAUGACCCUUGUGAACAGGCUGUGGACCCAGCAGAUCACACCCAAGGUGUUUGUUGAUGAUCUACUGAGCACAGAAUACUUCAAAGGGGACAGAAACGUUCGUGAGCAGCUUCUGAAGUGGGUGGAAUUCACGCUGCCCCUGGCAUGGAAAUACAGCUGCUGCCUCCAGUUGCUGAUACAGAGAGGGUUUGCUUGCUCCGUCUCCUCCUUUACCUUGGGAAUGUAAGUUUACAGAAUGUUAAUAAAAAUCCUUGAAGCGUGCAUUUCUUUUGCAGCAAGUGAGAGGGUACACAUCUCUUAUCUGAGCUUUAGUUUCCCCCCAUCCACCACCCUGGUAAGAAAACAGCAUUUCAGUCUCCCUCAGCCUUUAGACAGGGCAGCUGGGUGCCUAAGGGACAACUGUGCUCCCCACGGCACGGCUGUUCCCUCACAGACUGAAAUCACCAUUCCACAC